AUGGCACAGACGCCUCGCAAACAGCCUGCGAAGAAGACAGUGGUCGCGAAGAAGGCGGUCGUGCAGAAAAAGGUCGCGGGAAAGACGCUCGGAGGUGGGGCUGGAAAGGGUCCCAGGAAGAGCACUGGCGGCAAGACGAGGCACGGCCAACCCGCCGCCCAACCCGUUCAACGCAAACCCCGACGCUUCCGACCGGGCACUCGCGCGCUGCAAGAGAUCCGGCAUUACCAGAAGGGCACGGAUCUCUUGUUGCGGCGACUUCCUUUCGCGCGGUUGGUACGAGAGAUUGCCAUGGAGUUCUUGGCGGACGACGAGGAGGGUAACGCGCCUGGGUUGAGGUGGCAGAGUUCGGCGCUGUUGGCGCUGCAAGAGGCGACAGAAGCCUACCUCAUCCACCUCUUCGAAGACUCCAACCUGUGCGCCCUGCACGCCAAACGCGUCACAAUCAUGCAGCGCGACAUGCAACUCGUCCGCCGUAUCCGUGGCGACUUUAUGUGA